AUGGCCGAACACGCUGCAGCAGUGCGGAGAAACGACUCCAGCUCUCAAGUUGCGGCUCAUUCGACGGGUUCCGGCCACACAUUCAAAUUUGACGAGGACGAAAUUCUCGCAAGAGGUGACAACCGCGUGAUGCGGGAGCUGCUUGAGUCAUGGUUCACUGGCCCCCAGUCUAUUAGCAAGUGCAAUGAUCUUCCCAUUCAAUACAGCGUGCUGAGACUUCGUCUAGGCGAAAAAAUUGGCCACGCGGGGAGCGCCCUGAUGAACACUCUUCCCAACACCCGGGUCAGCGCGUCAGAUGGUCGAGCAAUCAUCACACCAACAUCCAACGCACGUGAUGAAAUUGCAGCAAUUAACGACGCCAAUAGCGACCAUCACGCCACGUGCAAUGAUCUCUGA